GAUCAAGUGAAGACGUACUGCUCGGCGCUGCUGAAUCCUGGCGUGGCCCGUUGUUGGAAACCGAGGUCACUUCAAUUUUCUAAGCAGUCAAGAAGGGAGUCUCUGGGCAGUGACAUUUGUGAGCUCAGGCGAUAAAGAAGUUGCCUGAGCAGUGCCAGCCGGGUGCUCAGUCAAGAAGGAAAUUAUCAAUAUCUGUGUGCUCAAGGAAAAGAAUAGGGCAAGGUAGAGUGUAAAAACAGACAUUCACGAUGAUCAACUGCUCAAUGAACAUAGAUCACUACACGGACAAUUCGACUUAUGUGUCCUAUCCACUCGUUGUCUAUGGUGUCGUUCAUAAUUACAUUGUUUUCGUCUUGGGCACCGUCGCGAACAGCGUUGCGUUGUGGUGCAUAUCGAGGUGUACGAAAACCAACGUGGCCAUGAAACUGCUGAUGAUGAGCGUCUUCUUUUCUCUUCUCGUGAUCUGCCUGAUAACCCGACCCGUGAUGGCCGAAAAGCUGAUCGGGAGUAUGUACUGUGACACGUCGAGGCCCGACGACAGGGUCCUUCUUGGCUUCCUUAUUCUCUACUCGUUCUGCGCUCAGUUCGAGCUCGCUGCCAUCGCGGUUGUGGCGGUGUGCAGGGCUGUUGCGGUGUGGGCGUCCAAUGCUCAUGUAUUGCGCCUGAGAGUAGCUGUAUGUGCAGUGGUCGGGAUCUUCAUCUAUUCCUUCGGAACAGCAGUCUUUUUGCUUGGACCUAUGAUGGCCAAUUACAUCAAAGAUCCAUUGAUUGCAAACGUGGUCAACGGCGUCUAUUUCUUCCUUAAUACGUUCGUGCCCAACAUCACGACCAUGUCCUGUUACGUGGCCAUGAUCAUUGCGAUGCGUCGCAACGGGCGGCGGAUGGCCACGGUGAAGUCCAGCCACUCCAGAUUCGUCAACAACGCCACCCGAGGAAUGUUCGCUGUGUUCGUGUCCAACCUUGUCUUCGGUCUUCCGCAUUCCGUCUACCACAUGAUGCCUCGUCCACCCCUGUCAUACGGUAUCAUCUUCCAUGUCCUCUUCUCCAUGCACUUCGUCGUCGAUCCAUUUGUAUUUAUGUACUUCAACCACAGUUACCGUCGGCGCGUUGGCGAGCGCUUGUGGACGGCGUGGGUGUGGGUGGUCGGAAUGUGCGGCGCCCCUCCGCCCAAGACGCCCACACACCUCACCACCAGCACCACGACUUCGUCAGGCGGGAAGGACACCCUCCACACGAAGGACCAACGCGCAGAACAAAAUGUCUAAUGGCUGAGGCCUCUCGCUUAUCUCCUGAGGAAGCGGAUAUUUUACCCUUUGUUUCUGGCUCUCUGUUAUACACGGGAGACUCUCGCCUUGGGGAUUCGUGGGGAUUACCCGGGGAUGUUUGUGUGCGUGAAAAGUGGCGCACAUUGCGAAAUCCUUGUAUCCUGUACAAGAACAAGCAUUUGCUUGGUAAUAAGCAUAUCCGGACUAAACUGUGUACAUUACGUAUAUGCAGUAAGUAUACUUUUAACAUUAACGUGUUAGAUGUUAUUUUUAUAAAGUUCGUUGUGAACUCAUUGUUGGUAGUAUAUACAGAACCAUUUAUUUUGUUCUGCUAUAUUCACAGUUAUAUCUAUCCAUUUCUCCUCAUGUGUUCACUUUACUUUCACAAAUUUAGAGGAGCUACAUACACCUUAAAGGUCCUGGUAAAUGCUUAUUUUAUCUCUAUUUAUCUAAGUUCUGUAUCCGUUGCUGCAUCAAUUCGCAUUCCAAAAUAUUAGUUCAAAAAGCCAUGACGCCACAGUGCUGUUAAUCAUUGGGAAAUGUGAAUAUAAAUAACAAGCGUACAAGCGGAAUCCGUAUUGAGAAGCCAUCAGCUAAUUGCCAAAUUGACGUGGAAAAAGCUUUACACUGCAAAAUGUGGUUUCUUGUUCAUCCAAAUGACAUAUAUGUCGUGGUUAAUCAUCGUGGAAUUCGGGGAAAUCAGUUAGGCGAAUGACCUCUCGCUUGUCAAAAGUGGUAAAUAUAUCAUGGCAUAUUUCCCUGAUAUGUAUGCAAGUAAUGGUAUUACGUUUUAUUAAUUCAGCAUUCCACUGCAAAUGGAAAAUGAAAAAUGCUUUGAAACAUAUCUUUAGCUUAAUGUAAUACACACAUUAGUUCCAAUAAACGUCAUAUUUAACUCGGCAAAAAGUGCUUUUGAAACUUUUAAUACUCUGAAUAUAAGAGAUUUCACACUUAUAAGAGGAAUAUUCUUUCUACGUCUAAUAAUGUUGUAGCUUCACACUGAAGGAAAUAUUUCAGUUUAAUUUUAUAUCACGACUAUCAUUUCCAAGAAAUCUCUCUCUCUCUCUCUCUCUCUCUCUCUCUCUCUCUCUCUCUCUCUCUCUCUCUCUCUCUCUCUCUGUCUAGCUAUCUAUCUAUCUCUAUCUUUUAUUUAUGUGCGCAUCAAUACCAAAGUAAACAAUACUCUCGAUGUUACCAAUGACUCGAACAUAUCGAAGUAUCGAGGUAUCGAAUACUGCACUUUGUAUAUAAAUAAACAAAUAAAACUAUUUAUCUUACUGACUUACCUAUUUUCUCACAGCUUUGUUAUUCGUCAUACGUCUGAGGAUGAGAGGAAGGAUGAGAAUAAUUUAAGAGGUAUAUUAUGUUCCAUUAUUAUUUAUGUAAUAAUUUAUAUUGACAAACAAUAUACGUACAUAUAUAUGUACAAAUACACAGCACAUGCGCACGCACACGCAUAUGUACACGUACAUGCACACCCAUACGCACACACACACACAUGCACACACACAUACACACACAUACACACAUACACACACGCACACAUACACACACUCACAUAUAUGUAUAUAUACAUAUAUACUUAUCACACAAGUCCUGCAUAAGAGCGUGUGAGUGAUGGUUGGUUGAGAACCACCAACAAUGAUUACCUAAACAACUACCCCCCCCCCCCCCCCGGAAGAAUCAUUGGUCAGCCACCCCAGUAUAAAGACAGUCAACUAUAUGAUCUCAACAUUGCACCAAAUAGUUCGUCAAACACCGCAUCGGUGAUGGCACGGAUAUAUUGAUGAUGUGCGUGUAUUUUUCUUUGUUUAUGCUUUUAAAAAAUAACAAUUGAAUUCAGCUCAUUCCAAAUGGAUAUACACAAAUUUGAAUUUUGUUAUUCUGCUAGUAAAUAAAAUAUUUUUUCAAGAUA